AUGUCCGACGUAGGCUCGCGGCCACCGCCGCCCAGCGACGGCCUCAGCGGGCGCUCGCUCGCCAUUCUCCUCGGCUUUCUCGCUGCAUUUCUGUUGGUCCUGGCAUUCGGCUAUUACCGCCGUCAUGCGCACUUGCGCGCGCUGCGUGAGGCGGGGGAAGCACCUCGAUUAGACACUAUUGCCAGGAGACGGAGAGUAGGGCCAAGACCUAUACUUUCUGAGGUCGACGUGGCGAGAACGGCGAAGCAGCCGACGUGGACAUCGAUGCAGCCUUUGUCCGCCAGGAUAUACGAGCCGUCGACAUCCCGUGAGCGCCAUAGACAGCGCCCUCAACCACGGCGAUUUCCGGCACAACGGGAUUUAGAGAGCGUUAUGGCCGCCGCCUGGUUCGGCGGGAUGCAGGUCAACCCAGCGCCGCCACUACCUGGCACCCUGCCCUAUCCGCCGCCAUCAUUGCCGCAACCUCAACCGCCACCGCCACCUUCGCCUCGCUCUGUACCCCAGCCCGAACUGCACGUUGCUGUUCUUGUUGCGAUGCCACGACCACCAACACCAUCACCCGUGGGACCAAGUAUAGCACGUUCGGGCGAGACCCACGAUCACCCGCCAGAUACACGACAAGAGGUAGCGCUGGGACUCGCAACCAUGCCUUGGCGGCAUACCACACACGAACGCGGUGUUCCCGCCAUGUGGAGCGCGGACCGCGCCGCGGACAUGCUCGCAUAG